AUGUUUCAAGGACUAUCUACCCUUCAGCUCAGUUGUGGUGCCUUGGUGGCCUUCAUAGCAGUGCUGGUGUUAAAAACGCGAACCAAACAGCUCAGAGUGAACGUCCCUCCUGGUCCAAAACCAUUGCCGAUUAUUGGAAACUUUUUCGAUCUCCCAUCCAAAGGAUCAGCCGAGUAUCUGCACUGGUUCAAACACAAAGAUGCAUAUGGUCCUAUCAGCUCCAUCAAUGUCAUGGGACAGACACUCGUCAUAUUCCACGACAAGGACGCUGCCUACGCUGUCAUGGGGAAAAAGGCUCAGAAAACAGCCGCCAGACCCCAGCUGAAUUUUGCGCAGCUCUGUGGGUUCGAGAACUUUCUCAUCACACAUCAAUAUGACAAAAAAUACCGCCUGCACCGGAAGAUGGUUCAACAGGAGAUUGGAACGAAAGGUGUAUCUGCUGGAUUCCGCCCCAUUCAGGAGCACGAAGCUGUUCAUUUCAUCCUUCAGACGUUCAAACAACCUGACGACAUCUUGGUCCACUUGAAAACUUUGGCUGCUGCCAUUGUUCUGAAGCUCACAUAUGGCUACACAGUUGAGCGAGAAACUCGCGACCCAUUAACCGAGCUGGUUGAGCACGCCAUGGACAAUUUGUCCCUGGCAUUUGUACCACUUUCAUGGGCCAUCGACUCUGUGCCUGCUAUCAAAUAUCUCCCUGACUGGUUCCCGGGCAUGUCUUACAGAAAGACCGCGCGGGAGUGGAAGCUCUUCAAUGAGGCCGCCGCCGAGCUGCCAUACGACUUUGUCAAACGCCAGGUGGAGCACAAAGCCCAUGUUCCUUCAUACGUCUCCAAUCUGAUCGAGCAGAACAUGCUCAAGUCGGAGGGAAAUGAGGUCAUCGUGAGUGCGGAGGACGAAGAGGCUAUCAAGUGGACUGCCGUCAGUCUCUAUGCCGCAGGCUCUGACAGUACAGUUGCCAUCAUUGAGAGCGUGAUCUGUGCCCUUGUCAUGUUCCCCGAAGUUGUGAAAAGAGCACAGGAAGAAAUCGAUCAAGCCGUCGGCUCCGAUAGGCUCCCCAACUUUGAGGACAGAAUCAACCUGCCUUAUGUUGACGGCAUUAUCAAGGAAGCCUGGCGAUGGAAUCCAGUUGGGCCCAUGGGCUUGGCACAUAAGUCUGAGGAAGAUAUCGUCUAUGGAGAAUAUCUCAUCCCCAGCGGCUCGAUUCUUCUUCCCUCUCUAUGGUGGUUUUUGAACGACCCCAAAGAUUACCCAGAGCCGCGAAUUUUCAAGCCAGAGCGGUAUAUGGAGCCCUUGAACAAUCCGGACCCCAGUGAUAUUGCGUUCGGUUAUGGCCGACGAGCCUGUGCUGGUCGUUUCUUUGCGGAUGCGAGUGUGUAUAUCGCUGUGGUUCAGCUGCUGGCUGUUUUCGAUGUUCGCAAGGCUUUGGACGACCAAGGCAAUGAAAUUCCUGUCACUCUUGAGGCUGUGCCGGGUAUGGUAAAUCGCCCUGCGCCCUUUAAGUUCAAGGUCGAGCCUCGGAGUCAGCACCACAUAGAUCUUAUUCGCCGUAUCCAGUCUGAGCAGACACCUGAGAUUAGCCACGCGAGCCUACUCAAACCGAGUCCACUUCAUGCCAGUCCUGUCUGA